GUGGGAGGGGUUAGAGCUACACACAAUUCCAUCUCCUCUCAGCUAAUCAUAUAAGAAAUUGCAGUUGAAUCAAGAUACCAGGGGUUGCUAAAAGCAACAGCAGCAGGCAACUUUUAAUCAGAGAGCAAGAAAUUUCUGCCAGAACAAGGAGGGUUUUUUUCUGUUCUUGUGUGAGUAGAAAGACACUGACUACGGGAAACAAGUACAAAAGGCUGGCUUCAGAAGGAAGAUCUGUGUAAUAUUUAACUGAAGGACUUUAAACUUGAAGUGAAAGAAGCGCCGCAUUAAAAAAGUCAAUAUUUAGUGACUUGUCUUGUUCUGUGGUAAAUUUCAACCCAGAAAUUCAAAAAAAAAAAUGUGGAAUACCUGUUUGUUGCUUUUGAGUUACACUCUUGCACUGGGGACAGGGUACAAGAAAGACGCAGACAGCACGGGCAAGAAACAAUACCAGAUUCAGAACGGCCCGUGCAGCUACACAUUUCUGCUACCUGAACAGGACAACUGCAGGACCUCGGCUAACACCUACACAGGCAACUCACUGCAAAAAGAUGAGCCAGCAGAAUAUGAGUCAGUGCAGAGGCUGGAGCAGCUUGAGAACACCAUGGAAAACAAUACACAGUGGCUCUUGAGGCUUGAAAAUUAUAUUCAAGAAAACAUGAAGCACGAGAUGGUCCAAAUUCAGCAGAACGCAGUGCACAACCACACAGCCACCAUGAUUGAAAUUGGAACACACCUGUUGAGCCAGACGGCAGAGCAGACCCGCAAGCUAACCAGCGUGGAGGCCCAGGUUAUAAAUCAGACGACAAGACUUGAACGUCAGCUCCUUGAAAACUCCCUCUCCACAAGCAAACUGGAGAAUCAGAUUCUAGUCCAGACGAACGAAAUCAGCAGCCUGCACGAGAAAAACAGCGCCCUGGAGAAGAAGGUGGAGGAGAUGGAGGGCAAGCGCGGGGCCGAGCUGGCGUCCCUGCAGGAGGAGAAGGAGCUGCUCCAGCAGCUGGUGCAGCGGCAGGGCGCGCUCAUACGGGACCUGGAGCAGCAGCUGCUGGCGGCCACCUCCAACAACACGGCCCUGCAGAGGCAGCAGCAGGAGCUGAUGGAGACCGUGAACAGCCUCGUCUCCACCAUGGCGGCCCCACGCAUCAAAAAGAUUGCUGCCGUGCCAGAGGUUCAACCUCUCUAUAAAGACUGCGCUGCUGUUUUCAGGUCUGGAAAGACGAACAGCGGUGUCUAUUCACUGACUCUCCCCAACACCACCGAGUCUGUAAAGGCAUACUGUGAUAUGGAAUCCAGCGGAGGAGGCUGGACCGUAUUCCAGCGUCGUGUUGAUGGCCGCAUUGAUUUUCACCGCACAUGGAAAGAGUACAAACUGGGGUUUGGAGACCUUACUGGGGAGCACUGGCUGGGAAACGAGUUUGUGUCGCGACUCACCAAUCAACAGCCCUACAUCCUCAGGAUUCAGCUAAAGGACUGGGAAGGGAAUGAGGGAUAUUCACAGUAUGACCAAUUCUAUCUCAGCCCCGAGGCCCAGAACUACAGGAUACACCUUAAAGGCUACAGUGGAACAGCAGGCAAAAUCAGUAGCCUUGGUCAGCCAGGAAGUGAUUUCAGUACAAAGGAUGCAGACAAUGACAAAUGCAUUUGCAAAUGUUCACAACUAACGACAGGAGGCUGGUGGUUCGAUGCGUGUGGCCCUUCAAAUUUGAAUGGAAUAUAUUAUCAUCUGGGACAGAACACAAAUAAGUUUAACGGAAUCAAAUGGUACUACUGGAAAGGCUCAGGCUAUUCACUGAAAUCCACCACAAUGAUGAUCAGACCAGCACAUUUUUAAUGGUUGUUCCACUACUGACAUUUGAUACAGCUUGAUGUAAAUACUUUUUCCCCCUGUCAAGAUAUGACUGCAGCAUUUUUUACUUCUAAACAUUUUUUCAGAUCGUCAUAUUUAAACAGUUUACAUUUUUCAGUUGUAUCCACAAAAUGUUUGCUUUGCUUAAGGAAGAUGUUAUGUACACCCAGAAGAUGGAAACAUUUUCAACGUUUCCCUCACAAACAUUGAACUCUGGACUAUGAUUGUACAUACUUUGGAAUCCAACUCAGCCAAAGGACUACAAUGGGUUCAACUAUAAAUCUCUUUUUUAUUUAUAGAUAACUGGAACUGUGAGAGACUCUUUAACAUACAUACAUAUAUAUAUAUAUUUUCUAACAACUUGAUAACUAAAGUUUGGGAAACUGUCAAAGAGUUUUCACUGCCUAACUUUAACCCAGUUAUUAGAUACUGUAACAGAAGUGAUCAGCUGUGAGAGAGGCUUGUGGCCCUGCUAUGGUGUUGAAAACCAGAUAGAAACAUCUUUUAGAAAAAAAAGUCCUUGCUCUUUGUUAUUACUUAAUUACAGGAAAAUAGUUAAAUACUGCAAAGUGUUGUUCUGGAUGGGAUGUCAAGCACAAGUUAUUAACUGCAGACCGAGUUCAUAUUCUAUUGUUUAAAAUAAAAUCCUUGUUGAUCGAUGCACCUUUCACCUCACCAUGCAAGAGUUGCUUGUAAACACAUUUUCACAUUUGCAAAGUAGUAACGUGGGAGACUUCAGUGCUUCUUACAGACACCAUUGUAUCAGAAUAGCUCAUUUCCAGUUCUGCUUGGCAUUUCAUAGCAGAAUAACGGGACGGGUGAUGACGGUGAGCUUGUUUCCGGAUUCUUUACAUCAAUUAUUUUUGUAUGUAUUGAAGUGCUACCUUUAAUUUUAAUGGACAUUUUUUUUAAAAGAAAGCUAUCACCAUUAUAUUGGGAAGAUUAGUACAGUGGGAUCAAGAAAUGUCUGACUAUUCUAAUAUAUAACCAGUAAAUUAACAGUAUUUAACUAGAAUAUCUUAAACUGCAUCUUCAUUCAAACGAUCCCAACAAACGAUAGUAAUAAAUACCUAUUUUGAUAUUUAUGAAUAUAUAUUAUACAUAGUAUAACAUAUUCCCAUUGCAAUGUAACACGCACAAAACAACAGAAACAAGUAACAGCGAUAUUUACAAUGUUUUUGGCUGAUCAUUUACAAGCAGUAUGGAAUUAUGUAAAUAAACAUUUAUAUUGAAAUGUCAAUAAUGAAAGAUGCACUGUUUUAAGGGAUUUGAAAAAUAUACUAUGAAACCUUAACCAUUCUUUCUCAUGCGUCUCUCACUAACAGAAAAGCUUCAUGUGGACUCCAAUUAGUAUCUUAUGUUGUGUCCAUGCAUGAUCCCACACUGCUAAACAUGAAAGAAAUAAAUUGCUUUGAAAAGUG